UUUAUGCGUGUCUCAGCUGGCUUCGUUAAAAGCUCCUAAAUGUUUGCAGAAGAGCCUUAAAGUAGACGCCAGUGUCUGCAAAUAAAGUGAUGUAAGUUUAAAUAAACGUGAGAACGAAGCUUCGAGUUCAGCAGGAGGAAGCUGGAAGGACAAAGAUCACUUCUGCUGGGGCUGAAAGAGGAAGACUUCAGCAGGUCUCUCACACACACACACACACACACACACACACACACACACACACACACACACACACUGUUUCCCUUUUAUCAGCAGGGUUCAGAGUGAUGUUGCGCAGCAGCAUCAGUCUCGCCUCUGCUGCUCCGCCGCUGCAUCACUAACAUCAGCCCUACUUCUAGCAAAACAAGAUGAACAUCUCCAAUGACACCACCACUUAUCCACCCUAUGAAUAUGAUGACAACUAUGGUGAUGGUGGUUAUGAACCAUGUUCUAACAGUAACAACAACAGUGUGAACGCUGUGGUUGGUCCUUACAUUCACUCCAUCAUCUGCAUCCUGGGCCUGGUGGGGAACAGCCUGGUCAUCCUGACCUAUGCCCUCUACAAGAGAACCAAAUCCAUGACUGACGUCUACCUGCUCAAUGUGGCCAUCGCUGACCUGCUGUUCGUUCUGGCUCUACCUUUCAUCGUCUACAACGAGCUGUACUCUUGGCCCAUGGGGCAGGUGGCCUGUAAGCUGCUGCGCGGUUCCUACAGCGUCAACCUGUACAGCGGCAUGCUAAUGUUAGCCUGCAUCAGCACCGACCGCUACAUCGCCAUCGUCCAGGCUCGCCGGAGCUUCAGGUUACGCUCGCUGUCAAACAGUCGCAUUAUCUGUGCCCUGAUCUGGAUCUUUGCCUUACUGGUGUCUGUUCCCACUUUCCACUUCUACCAUUGGUACCAACCAUCACAUAAUGCCGUCACCUGGAUCAGCAACAUCACCGAUCAGGAAGAGACAACAGAUCCACAGUACGUCUGUGAGUGGAAAUUUGAUGAUAGCAACACUGCUAGCAGAGUGAAGGUUGCUGUUCCCAGCACCCAACUGGCCAUUGGCUUCUUCCUGCCGCUGCUCAUCAUGAUCUUCUGCUACACUGCAGUCAUCGUCACCCUGCAGAAAGCCAAAAACUUCCAGCGACACAAAGCGGUCCGAGUGGUGAUGGUGGUGGUGCUGGUGUUCAUCGUCUGCCACCUGCCUUACAACCUGGCCCUGUUGUAUCAAACUGUCCAUUUGUACGUACAGAGCGAUUGUGUCGAGGUGGACUCUCUGCAGACGGCGAUGUCUGUGCUGCAGACCGUCGCCUACCUGCACUGCUGCCUGAACCCGGUGCUGUACGCCUUCAUUGGAGUAAAGUUCAGGAACCACUUCAGGAGGAUCUUCCGUGACCUGUGGUGUUUGGGUAAGAGGUAUAUCGGCCCGCGCCGCUUCUCCAGGGUCACUUCGGAUACCUUCAUGUCCACAAUUCGCCGCUCGGUGGACGGGUCCAGUGAAAACGGCACGUCUUUCACUAUGUGACCAGAUUGAGACCUGCAGUUCUAUAAAAUUCAAACUUCACUCUUACGCAACUUUAGCCACAAUGUGAUAAAUUUAGAGAAAACAGAAAGUGUCAAACUCUUUGGGUUUGUUGUGUUAAUUGUUGCUCUGCUGCCAUUGGGAUCUUGGCUGAUAAUAUUGUGUCAGCCAUGCCUAGCAUUAUGCUUAUACAUGCCCUAUAGGCAUAAUGAUGUCUAAAGGUAAAACUGACUAAAUUUCAUUGGAACGAAGUCGACAAGUCAAGUUUUUCUUCUGUCUCAGUGAGUUUGGUUGAAAGAUGUGCUGACAGAUGAUUCCUGAUGUCUGAUGUGGUUCAGUGUGUGAUGACUGAUGUCUCCAUUUAGGAUAAAUUUGGACAAGACAUACAAUUAUUGUUCCUGAUUUUCCAGAAAAUGUGUCACUUAUAAAAAAGCACUAUUUUAUUUCUGGAAUUAGAUUUAAAACUAGGAUUCACAUAAAACAUAAAAUGAGGACGUAUAGACUUCCUGCUUCUGGAUGUUGAUAUUUGUGGAAAGUUAUUUAAAAAUUAGGUAAUUUCCCACUAAUGAGAAAACACAGAUCUAAAACCAAUAUAUCUGGCACUUUAGCGUCAUUCUUUAGUGGAGAUUCAAUUCAUUUAUUCCUUGGAAGGUUGGAAAAACUCUGAAACCUCCAUUUUAUCGUUCUGUUGAACAACAUUAGUUAUGUAGACGAAGAUAAGAACCAUUGUGGUUCGUUCCAGAACUUACAUUUUCUUCUGAUUAUUAUUGUUUUGAUGAUUUCCAUAUGUGAUUGGCUGGUUCAAUUAUUCAAACUCUAUGGAAAAUGCUCAUCACAAUACAAAUUGUAGAUAAAUGUUUUUUUACUGACUUGGAGACUUGAGAUUUUUUGUACGUCUUUUGGACUUGUGUAACCUGAGGAUGUUAAAUAUAGGAUUUUAUUUCUCAGACGGAGACGGCGCUAUUUGGUUUUUAUCUCCUAUGUUCCUCCAGCUUUUCUCUGCUCAAACUUAAUCAGCAAGGAUUAAACUCUGAAACGUUUGCCAGCUUUGAGGCUUUUAUUUUGAUGUGUUGAGCUGAGAGAGUCUUCCUGUCAUACUGUAAGCAACUUUAAUGUGUGUGAAUGUUGUGGCUGAUAUAAAAUCUGUAUUUUGGGGGAUUUUGGUGUCAAAAUAAAUAUUUUUUGUCACAUAAAGUUGUUUGUCGUGGAGUUCUGUGGGACGCCAGGUGAAAGCAAAGAUUGUCGUUACUCUGAAGAUGUCAGACUUUGUCCGGCCUUUUACUUGACGUGCUUUAAAUGUUUUUGAGCCGCAGCAUCACGAACCCACAGGACGACCCAGAGGUGAGAAAACCUCACUGAGUUCAAAUGUUUAGUCAUUUAUUACAGGAAGAAGAAGAGAGUCAGAGGUGAAAACAUGGCGAGUAAAACUGCAGCAAUGUUUUAGUUUUUCCCCAGAAUAAAUUUGCUCUUAUUGUUGAAUUUCCACAGCAGAUAUUACAGCAAAUUUUAAUUUGUUUUGUCAAGCAAAAUCAAAUUCAGAAUAAGUCAUGAAUCUAUAUUUACUACAUAUGUGUAAUAUUGUUUUGAAUGGUGAAUUAACAUUAAUUUGUGGUUAAAAUCUUGAUUUAUUAAUGUAGUGACAUUUGUGAGAAACAAAACCUUAAAUGAAACCAGUUUGUCAUGGUGAUAAACUUUUUGGUAAUGGCCAGCAGAGGGCGCUGUUGCAUAAAAACAAACUCCAGGAAAUAACUGAAAAAACUCCGAAUGUUAUUUAUAUCAACAUCAUUAUGACUUUCUGCUUAAAACACUUUGCUUAAAGAUGAACUUUGAAGAAAUGAUGGUUGAACUGGACUCUGCUACAUUCUCCUACUACUCUCCAAGUUUUCUUUAUUUACUGUUAUUGUAACUGGUGGCUGUCUUUUCUGUCAAUUUUUAACUUUUUUAUGGAAAGUACACCAGGUCUGCUGUUCUGUUUACCUGUAACCUUCCUUUUAUUGUAAAAU